AUGGAGACGCCUGCCAAGGAGUCCCAGCCCAACCCAAGAUGGCCCGUGCCAGCAAGAGCGUGUCACCAGGGGGGCAGCUCCACCGGCCGCCGUCGGUGGAAGAGGGAUGAGCUCAGCCGGGAGGCUGCGCCUCUGUGUGGUCGCUCCCAGAGCACCGAAUGGCUAAUGGGUCCCGAGCUCGACGUGUUUCUUGGGCUCCCGAGGUCCUGGCGCACUUGCAAGUUGGCGGACGUGGGGCUGUCUGUGGAGGGGGCAGGCCGGAACGAGGCCACCGAGCGGACUGCACCCUCGCCCUACCGCCGCCGGGCCCUGCAGACGGAGAGAAGCGGGGCAAGCGGCCGGCGAGAGCUCGGGAGGCGCGCAGCUGCCGGGAAGCCGGGCGCCGCGGCCCUCGGGUCGUCUAUCCCGUCCCGCGCAUCCCACAGGACUCUGGACGUCUUCCGCGGAGACCCCGGGACCACGCGGGCAGCAGGCCCCGGCCUCGGACAAGGACGAAGACGCCAGCGCAGGCAGCGGUCCCUGCGAGCUGAGGUGCCCAUCUCCUGCUCUGCCAGCUGCCAUCGCCUGCAGGAUUCUUUGUUCAGCUCCAACAGUGGCUUCAGCAACUACCGUGGCAUUCUGAAUUGGUGUGUGGUGAUGCUGAUCUUGAGCAAUGCACGGUUAUUUUUGGAGAACCUCAUCAAGUAUGGCAUCCUGGUAGACCCCAUCCAGGUGUUGUCUCUGUUCCUGAAGGACCCCUACAGCUGGCCUGCCCCAUGCCUGGUUAUUGUGGCCAACGCCUUUGCUGUGGCUGCGUUCCAGGUCGAGAAGCGUCUGGCAGUGGGUGCUUUAACGGAGCAGGCGGGGCUGCUGCUGCACGUGGUCAACCUAGCCAUCAUUCUCUGCUUCCCGGCGGCCGUGGCCUUCCUGGUCGAGUCCAUCACUCCAGUGGGCUCCAUGCUGGCGCUGAUGGCCUACACCGUCCUGUUCCUCAAGCUCAUCUCCUACCGUGACGUCAACCUGUGGUGCCGUGAGCGCAGGGCCAAGGCCAAGGCUGGGGCUGGGAGAAAGGCCAGUGGGGCUGCUGCUCACACUGUGAGCUACCCGGACAACCUGACGUACCGCGAUCUAUACUACUUCCUCCUUGCCCCCACUUUGUGUUAUGAGCUCAACUUUCCCCGCUCCCCCCGCAUCCGGAAGCGCUUUCUGCUGCGGCGGCUCCUUGAGAUGCUGUUCUUCACUCAGCUCCAGGUGGGGCUGAUCCAGCAGUGGAUGGUCCCCACCAUCCAGAACUCCAUGAAGCCCUUCAAGGAUAUGGACUACUCCCGCAUCAUCGAGCGCCUCCUGAAGCUGGCGGUCCCCAACCACCUCAUCUGGCUCAUCUUCUUCUACUGGCUCUUCCACUCCUGCCUGAAUGCCGUGGCGGAGCUCAUGCAGUUUGGAGACCGGGAGUUCUAUCGAGACUGGUGGAACUCCGAGUCUGUCACCUACUUCUGGCAGAAUUGGAACAUCCCUGUGCACAAGUGGUGCAUCAGACACUUCUACAAGCCCAUGGUGCGACGGGGCAGCAGCAAGUUUGUGGCCAGGAUGGGGGUGUUCCUAGCCUCGGCCUUCUUCCACGAGUACCUGGUGAGCAUCCCCCUGCGAAUGUUCCGCCUCUGGGCGUUCACAGGCAUGAUGGCUCAGAUCCCACUGGCCUGGAUCGUGAGCCGCUUCUUCCAGGGCAACUAUGGCAAUGCAGCCAUGUGGCUGACGCUCAUCAUCGGGCAGCCAAUGGCAGUGCUUAUGUAUGUCCAUGACUACUACGUGCUCAACUACGAGGCUCCGACAGCCGGGGCCUGAGCUGCCCCUGAGGGCCCGGCUUCUUCACAGCUGCCUCACUGCCCAUGGUCAGAGCCCGCCUGCCUUCUUCUGCCAGGCCAGAGUGCUGGAGGGGCCCUGGCUACCUGGUGCCUCUUCCUGCCCUGGGAGGCCUCUCUGCCCCUAUGGGGCUCCUCCUGCCCCCCUUGGGGAUAUAGACAGCAGACCACACACAGGCCGAUGCUGGCAGGAGGAGCCAGCGCUAGGGAGUCUUUACUGAUCCUGCCGCAGUGUGAGGGUGUAAUAAAGUGCUGUCCCAAGUGA